AUGGCAGCCGUAGGGGCUGGUUAUGGUGUAGGCCUAGGCUUGCAAGGACCGAGAGAAGAAGAAGAAGAAAAAAAAAGAAAAAAAAACACACACACACACACACGGAAUGAGGGAGAGGAGAGAAAGAGAGAGAGGAAGAGAGAGAAAGAGGGAGAAAGAGAGAGGGAGAGAGAGAGAGAGAGAGAGAGAGAGAGAGAGAGAGAGAGAGAGAGAGAGAGAGAGAGAGAGAGAGAGAGAGGGAGACAGAGAGGAAGAAAGGGGGAGAGAGAGAGAGAGAGAGAGAGAGAGAGAGAGAGAGAGAGAGAGAGAGGGAGAGAGAGAGGGAGGGAACGAGCAAGCAAGGGAGAGAGAGAGAGACAAAGAGCGAGGGAGAUAGAGAGAGAGAAAGAGAGAGAGAGAAAGAAGGAGAGAGAGAGAGAGAGAGAGAGAGAGAGAGAGAGAGAGAGAGAGAGAGAGAGAGAGAGAGAGCGAGUGAGAGUGAGAGUGAGAGAGAGAGAGGGAGAGAGAGAGAGAGAGAGAGAGAGAGAGAGAGAGAGAGAGAGAGAGAGAGAGAGAGAGAGAGAGAGAGAGAGAGGCCACGAAGACAUCGUGAUGAACAAUGUUGUGGGACCAAGUGACGCACAUGCGCCGAUCUCGUUGUAA